AUGGCUACGUACCGAGUGGGCAUCCUUACUGUCUCCGACACCGCCUCUUCCGAUGCAUCGCUGGAUCGAUCUGGGCCCGUGCUCUCCGAGCAACUUCUCUCCGCUGGAUUCAACGAUGUUGCGCGCUCCAUUUGCGCCGACGAUGUGCGCGCAAUUCGAUCGCAGGUGAAGCGGCUGGUGGACGAUGAGCGGGUGGAUUUGGUGGUGACUACAGGUGGGACUGGGUUUGGGUUGCGGGAUGUGACGCCAGAGGCGGUGGAACCAUUGUUCACCCGCAAGACGCCGGCGUUGACGCAUGCGCUCACGGCGUAUUCGCUGGCCAAGACUCCUAUGGCUGCCCUGUCGAGGGGUGUGACAGGGAUCAGAAAGGCGGAGGGGGGAAAGGAUGGUGGGAAGGAGGCGCUGAUCGUGGCGCUACCUGGAUCGCCAAAAGCGGUCAAGGAGUGUUUGGAAGUGCUUUUGGCAGGAGGACUGCUCACGCAUGCGCUCGAGCUGUUGGGUGGUGGAUCGGGCGAGACCAAGCAUAAAGAGAUGCAGGGUGGUCUGCACAGAUCUAGCACUGCGGGUACAGCUGUUGACACCGCCACCGAUACCGGGUGUGCUCACCACCACCACCACCAUCACCGCCCUCACGGCGGAGGAGGGCUGCACACCCACACGGCGCCUAAACCACGCACCACCGCCGCCGACCAUUCCGGCUUCCGCACCAUCGAUCCUACCUCCGGACCAUCGCUCCGACACCGCACCUCCCCCUACCCGCUCCUCGACCUCGACGACGCUCUCUCUCUCAUCGCACAACACACGCCUUCCCCCACCACGAUCCAAACGCUUCCCAUCGGACCGCCGCUCAUCGGACACGUGCUCGCCGAGGAUGUCACCGCCACCUGCGACCUGCCGCCCGGACCGACGACCAAUGUCGAUGGCUACGCCGUGCGUGCCGGCAGCACGCCCGCGGGAGAGUAUGCUGUGGUGACGCUCAAGACGCUCCAGGCGCGAUCCGCGCUGCAGCCAGGCGAGAUCUUCCGCAUCAACACGGGCCAGGGUCUACCCGAGGGCACGGACGCGGUGGUGAUGGUGGAGGAUACCGAGCUUUUGGAGGAGCGUGUGGGGGAGGAGGUUCGGGUGAAGGUGCUUGCGCAGGUGGACGCUGGUGAAAACGUUAGGGCAGGAGGAAGCGAUGUGCGCGCGGGCCAGGUGGUGCUCCGUAAAGGAACGACGAUCAGCGCACUGGGUGGAGAGAUCGGCACGCUCGCCUUCCUCGGUCGUUCUUCCGUCAACGUCUACCGCAAACCCACGAUCGCGAUCCUCAGCACGGGCAACGAGCUGGUCGAUCCCUCCCCCGCCACCAACAGCGCCAGUGGAACCGAUUGGGGUUUCACAGUCUUCGACGCCAACCGCCCCGGCCUUCGCGCCGCCAUCACGGGUCUCGGCUACACCGUCGUCGAUCUCGGCAUCUCGUCCGACACUACCACCUCGACACUCCAAGCCCUCCGCCAAGGUCUCGCCUCGGCAGACGUGAUCCUCACCACGGGCGGCACGAGCAUGGGCGAAUCCGACCUGCUCAAGCCGCUCAUCGAACGCGAGUUGCACGGCGACAUCCACUUCGGUAGAGUAGCCAUGAAGCCGGGUAAGCCGACGACGUUUGCGACGCUGGGUGCGGAGAAGAUCAUCUUUGCGCUACCGGGAAAUCCGGCGUCGGCGUUGGUUACAUUCUACGUGUUCGUGCUGCCGUGUUUGCGCAAGCUGUCUGGACAUGCUCCAGUAGGAGAAGGGCAGGCGAACCCGUGGUCGUUGCCGAAAAUCCCAGUGACCGUGGCCAGCGAUAUGAGGCUCGAUAGCAGACCAGAGUUCCACAGGGUUGUCGUCAAAGCCACGCAGGACGGCCUGGUGGCAUACAGCACAGGUUCACAAAGAAGCUCCUCCGAAAGGGUGGUCCCAAAAGGUGCCCGAGCACCGGCUAUCUUGCUCGGCUCCAUCGUGUAG